GACUGUUACCUUUGGCGCUGGGAGGUUCACCACUGGCACGUCCUUCCGUUGCCAUGACUUGGCGACGCUAGCGUUUGAAUAAGCAACGAACAUGUUUUUUUUUCUUGUCAUGUUUCGUUACCAUCGCUUUUCUCCACCUGGACCUUCUGGGGCCACUCCAUAAAAACCGAUCUAUAUCACAUAGUUUUCCUCCUAGGCGCCUGCUGCGAGUCGACCCAGGACCCCGUGGUUGAUCAGAUCGGACGACUGGGGUUUCAUCUGCAGUUCGGUUGCCGAUUAUUUCCUGGGAUUCAGCGUACAGGAGUCUUGCAGAGUGCAGAGUAUGGCGCUUUACAGUUUUCGAGAGGCCGAAAAUUGGCUGGGAGGGCGGUAGAGAUCUGUGCUUUGUAGUUAUUACAUGUCAGUGGCGGUGCACCUGAUAACAUCAAUUGGGUUCAAGAGAACUGGUGUGGCACACUGCCGCUCGUCGACAGUUGCAGAGUUAACUUGAAGGGGAUCUUCUUUUGAGUACAAGACUGUAUACUGUUUUCCAAGUGGUUCUUCUCUGAUUUCGAAACCAAGGUUGAGUUACCGAGACAUGUAGUUAGAUCCCACGCGUGUUCACAACUAAGGGUUGGAGAUGGCGUCCUUCACUGCCGAGGAUGACUUGUUACAAAUACCGGCCACCUCUCCAUGUCGUCGCGACUAUCAGUUGCGGAGCAGGUGUGAUACAAGUAGGCCUCAAUCUCCAUGGAGACCCAGGUCAACUACAAGCAUUGAAGGAGUGAGUGUUCUUAAUUUGAGUGAAUCAAAUUCUCCAGCAUUUGACGGAUCCAAUUCUGAAAGCGAGUCUCUUCCUGCCGCUCUGCAAGGGUUGGAGAGACCUUAUUGCAGUGAUCCUAUCAUUGGCAGUCCUAGUACGAUAUCAUCAUACGUCGGUGGUCCUCGUGAGUGCAAAGGAAUUGAACUUCUAUCCAGAAAACCUGCGGUAGCAUGCAGUUUUAGAGAAGAAGAGGAAGAGGCAUCUGAAGAAGAGGAAGAAGAUGAGGAGUUAGAUGAAGUAAGGAACGUGCCAUACACAUCAUAUCUUAGUGGGAGAGACGAUUCUAACAUGCCACCCUCGAUGAGUUUGGGCUCAAUAUUAGCAAUGCAGACGUCGAAAAUAAAGACUCGAAACAAUGUCAAUGGGAACUUGGGUGUUAACAACGAGAAAUCUCAAAGUGCAAGACGAUUCAAGAACGGAGCUUUCUAUGAUUCUGACGAGUGCGUGGAUGCUCUCAAUCGGACGAUAGAGAUGCGGAAGGAGGGUUGUGGUUUAAAUGUAGCUACGCAUGCCGGUGCCAGCAAAAACCGGUCGUCAGGGUUCACUGUUAGAGGAGCUUCGACUGAUGGCAAGAACAAAAGUUCAGACUGCGAGUUGCCUAGGGUAACAAACCCUUUUAAGUGGGAGGAUGCCCCAUUUGCAACCAGAAAGAAUUUGAAGAAACCUCACUUGCGCACAUCCUCGUCGAGUUCGACACGGUCACGAGUGAAUGUGCCCAAGGUUGAAUCCAUGCAGAAUAACAGCCCUGAUAGGUUCUGCGGCUGGUCUGAGAAUAAGACUGGAAAGGUAGAGAGCGAUCGAAGCGUCAAAGUGGCGGAGAUUUCCAACAUCAAUCUUGUGCCUCAAGCAGCUGCGAAACGUGUGGAAUCACUACCAGUCGCGUCAGCGAAGGCUGCUCGGGAGGAAGUAGCGUGCUCCGCCGUGCCGUUCAAGUGGGAGGAAGCGCCUGGGAAACCGAGACUAGAGCAGAAGGAUAAUACUGAGGCGAUUCCUGCGUUACAAUUGCCCCCAAGACUCGCCAAACGUAACAAUUUGAGAAAGAAUUCACCAACAAGCAGGAGCCUCAGCAUGUCUGUGGCACCAGCUGACCGAACUCGAUCUUCAAGUCACAAUUUCAGUGCGUCAGCACCAGACAUGUCUUCUGUCGAUAAAAUCUCCCAUAACUUGAAGAAGGAUUCACAAUCGCCAUCACAACCGUCGUCGGGAACAGAUAAGUCUCGCAGCACACUUGCUGCCGCAUUCUGUUCUGAUCCGUUGGAGAAGACUGCAAAGCCGAAUGAAUUCUUUUCGGACUCACAGCCGGAACCCGUUUCGCAAUUUGGGUCGCCGCAAUAUCAAAAUGCUGACUUCACAAGUGACAAGUCGAAUGCGUGGAACUCCGUUCGUUCUCCUACGAGCACCCUCUGCGGCCCUGGAAGUGACAGCCUUUCAACCCCCUCGUCCUGCUCGAGCAAAACUAGUCUCAAGUCUCCUACCACGGUGAGCCUCUCCUCAAUCAUGCUUUCGGGCGAGACGCCCGAACCCUGGUCUAACAGGGAUCACGCCAGCCCUACAUCAAGGCAUUCUUCCAUUCGGCAGUUAGAAUAUCAAGAGUCUUCCUGUUCGGGUUCUGUUGGAGGCCGCGAAGAAGUCGAAAUUAGCCACGGUGGAACAUUGCUCAAUCUGAGUAGGAUUGUGAGCCGGAGGUCAUCGAGCUCUAAACCUCUAGUCAGCCCAAAUAGUGGGAGAGAUGUAUCAAUUUCCCGCUCUGUAGAUAGCAAUGGGUAUUCUUCUUACGGAGAGGACCAUCUUGACAGUCAAGACAGCGGUUUCUCUUUGCCACCACCUUUCAAACCUGAGGAACAGAGUGAGCCCCCUACACGGCUUCCGUAUAAGAUGCCUUCUACCCCUGCUCAGGAUGUAGCAGUAAAGACCGAGUGCGCCUCAGCAGCGAGAGCUGCUCCAGAUUUAUCCAAUUGCCUCGGAUUUCCCAUAUUUCGUUCUAAGGGUGCUAGAUCUGGAUUACUGUCGACGCAAUGUCUCUGGGUGGAAAAUCCCUCCUGGGAUCUUCCGAAUGAACCAUCAAGUUCCACGGAAGAUGGAUUCAGAUCGCCAGCAUAUAAGGCCACUCUGGAGCUUUUAUCGCCCCCACCCAAUCUGUUGUUGAAGAAGAGCAGAUCUCGAAGUCUAAAGCUCUGGAGUUUGAACUCGCGACCACGCCACCAGCACUUCUUUGAGGCAAUCUGUAGCUCACUGAAGCAGUCACUUAAUAUGUAUACAAUGGGCAGCGCAACGAAGGGACAAUCCAUUGUUCACCGCGACGAAUUCGCAAAGAGACACCAAUCGAUCAAGUAGGGAGAUCUUUUUCGAUGAAUCGGUUGUGAACAUAUGACCGAUGUUAACUUCUCUCGUCGACUGAACAUAGUGCACUUCGCUCAGCUUGACCCGACUUCCCCAAGUCUUUUUUUCCAGCGCAGCGAAUAUGAACGACUGCUUUUGCCCGCGAAGGUGACUUCAUCGACAGCUACAAAAAUCCGCACACACGCUUGAGAUUUCUCCAGCGACGCUCUGAAGUCCCUAAGCCGACAACCAAAUCGCGGGCAUUGCCUCGGCAAUCCACCCCAAGUUGUCAUCGCUUCAACCCACUGGUACUCUUCGACGGGAAUCUAGAUCGAUAUUGUAAGAUUUUUAUCAAAUGUAACCUUUGACACCGCCUCGAACUUAGCUGCGAACAUCAAGUAUUGUAACAUACACCAGACAGUAGCUACAUAUAACAAUAUGAUGUAGUGCCGUCUUUUAACUUGGAGACCUGGACGAUGUUUCUCUAAGUAUGUACGAUAACUUACAACUCAGCCUCCGAGAGAAUCAGCAGACGGACACUCAUCCAUGUCGGUAGCAACCUGGUGAUUCACCUUGUGUACAAUCUACUUCUCUAACUCGAAAUGAGAUGAAAUGAUCUUCUAUCUGCGAAGCUGUUACUUCUCUUCUGUAAUAGAAUUGCUGUGAGGAAUCUAAUAGCAAGAGCUUAAGUAAAUUCGAUCUCGACAAA